GGGAGGAAGAGGGAGGAAGUUGCAGUGGAGAGAAUGGUAAUUAAGACAUGAUUACAGAAGACUGAGUCAGCAGGGUAGGUGCAACCAUCUUAAAAGGAUUUUGAAUACUUAGAUAGGUAGUUUGGAUUUAAUUCUCUAGCCAAGAGGGAAGAAGAAGAGAGGAGCAUAAUCAGAACUAGGCUUUAUAUAUAUGAAUAAAAACUAUUGAAUAAUAUGGAAGAAUAAAUUAAACAGGAAGAACACAGGAUACCACAAAAUUUGCAGUUAAAAGAGGUGGGGAAGGACAGCUGGAUUAUGGUAGAAGAAAUGAAAAGGGAGAGACAUUUUGAAGGAAGAAUUAGAUGUAUGAUUUGAUAGGAGGGGUGGAACAGAAUGAGAAAUUGAUACUGACUCACUCGAAAUCUUCAAAUAUUGGUGACUGGGGAAAUAAUAUACAAUGGAUAAAAACAGGGAUCUUAUACAUGAAAGACAAGUUAGCUUGUGUAGAGGGAAGAUUAUCUCUGAGAUUAAGUUUAAGGUGUUAUCCAAAUAUUCUUUGAGUUGUAAGUGCAUGGGCUGAAACUGAGGACAAAGGUUAUUAGUGCUGGAGGUAAUGAUGUGGGCAAGGUCCUCAAAUCCCAAGAAUGGGAGAAUUUUCUGAAGACCAAAAACAAAAAGAAAAGCAGAAGACCAAAGAUUAAACCUUAAGGAAAUUUAUUUUUAGGGGGUUUAAGAAGAGAAAUAGACCAAUAAAAUGAUCAGUGGGGUAGAAGAACCUGGAGUUUUAUUAGAGCCCACGAAUGAGAAUUUCCAUAGAGAGGAGGCAGUAAUGAGCUGUGUGCUUUGGAAGUCCAAGAGCGUGAACAAAGACAAAAGAAUUUUCCCACAUUUCUGGUAUAACUAGUUCCAAUGGCUGGGAAUAAAGGAAGAGGACGUGCUGCUUAUACCUUCAAUAUUGAGGCAGUUGGAUUUAGCAGAGGUGAAAGGUUACCUGAUGUAGUAUUGAAACCACCCCCACUAUUUCCUGAUACAGAUUAUAAACCAGUGCCACUGAAAACAGGAGAGGGUGAAGAUUAUAUGCUGGCCUUAAAACAGGAGUUGAGAGAAACUGUGAAAAGAAUGCCUUACUUUAUAGAAACACCUGAAGAAAAGCAAGAUAUUGAAAGAUAUAGUAAAAGAUAUAUGAAGGUGUACAAAGAAGAGUGGAUACCAGAUUGGAGAAGACUCCCAAGAGAGAUGAUGCCAAGGAAAAAAUUCAAAAAAGGUCCCAAAUCCAAAAAGGUGAACAAUACUGGCAAAGACACUUCACUCACUAAUACUGCAGAUGUAUUGAAAAAAAUUGAGGAAUUGGAAAAAAGAGGUGAUGGUGAAAAAUCAGAUGAGGAAAAUGAAGAAAAAGAAGGAAGCAAGGAGAAAAGUAAGGAAGAUGAUGAUGAGGAGGAAGAUGAUGCUGCAGAACAAGAGGAAUAUGAUGAAGAAGAGCAAGAAGAGGAAAAUGACUACAUUAAUUCAUACUUUGACAACGGAGAUGAUUUUAUCGUAGACAGUGAUGACAACAUGGAUGAAGCAACCUAUUAGCUAUGAAGUUUCCCAAAAAAUAUUUCUAUGAUACAGCUUCUGAGCAUUUGGACAGAUUUAUUUCCUUAUUUCUGAUAAGGAAUGAAAUCUUCCCACAUUU